AUGGGUUCUCUUCCUCAGCCCGAGAACGUCUCGUUCUUGUCCCGCAACUGCAAACUUGCUGCCCACUUGUACCGUCCAGUGCCAGGAUCUCCGGACCGACGGGGCGCAGCUGUCGUCAUCUGCCACCCCUGGACCAGCAUCAAGGAGCAACCACCGAGAAACUAUGCGCGAGUGCUCACCAACAGUGGCUUUACCUGCCUAGCUUACGAUGCUGCGUACCAGGGAGAGUCCGAGGGCGAACCGCGAAACUUGGAGGACCCAUACCAGCGCGUCGAGGACAUCAGAUCCGCCGUGACCUACCUUGUCGGCCUGUCGGACGUCGACAGCGACAAGAUCGGUGUCCUGGGCAUUUGUGCCUCGGGCGGCUACGCGCCGUUUGCGGCACAGACAGACUUGCGCAUCAAAGCCUGUGCCACAUCGGCGGCGGUGUGCGUGGGCACAAUGGCCCGUCGAGGCUUUGACAAGGAUUCAUCCAACAUGAGCAUUCUACACUCUCAACUCGACGCCGCGGCCAAGGAUCGGAACAGCGACGUCGCCGGCCACGACAAAGUGCCCAUAGUUCACCUUCUUCCAGAAAAGAUUGAGGACGGCCCGGCAGAUAUGCCCGAGUCCUUUAGAGAUCUGGCCAACUAUUACCGCACCCCGAGAGCUUUCCACCCCCGAGCGACGAAUACGUGCCUCCCUAGAAGCUGGGAUAUCAUGGCCAACUUCGACGCGUUCAAUUUCAUUGACAUGAUCAGCCCUCGCCCGCUUCUAAUGAUCACGGGCACCAAGGCCGCACAAAGUGGUAUAGUGAAGAGGCGAUUUGUACGACAAGGUCGAUGA